GUCUUCGAAACGGCGCUGGUGAAAUCGAAGAGGAAAAGCCGUCCUGUGCCGGACCCUUUUCGGCCAAGGAGGGUCGCUAUGCCGAGACAAUGGUGACGAAAAGCUCGGCCUCCAAUGGCUAGCCGUUAAAUCUCCCGAGACAGAGGAACCGUCGCAACGAGGGAAGCAAGGAUGACCCUGCACUGGGAAAAGCUCUCGCCGGCAGAGUUCCAGCAGCUUCAGAAUUUGGCAACAUAUUCAUCGAAGAAGCUGCAGGACGUGCUGGAGGAGUUUUGCUCGGCACCGGGAGACCAAGCGGCCAAGUAUCAUCCAGAUGGGGAUAUCGAUUACGAAGGCUUCAAGAAGUUUCUCCAUACUUACCUCGAGUGCACGACGCCCGACGAACUUUCCCGGCACCUCUACCUCUCGUUCAUCAAGAAGGGCACCCGCGGCACUGGUUUUUUGCAGGUGCGUGAGAUGGCCGUGCUGUCUUCGACGACCGCCUGCGCCGCCAUCACCUCGCACACCACCUCCAACACGAACGUCAACAACACGGGCUUGAGCACGAGCCAGCCGAGCGAGAGCCACGGCUCGAGCCUCGCCGACAAGAUCCACGGCAUCACCGAGAAGCUCCAGGCCCUCGGUUACCACAGGGCGGACCCCGAGGCCUCCUCGCGCUCGAGAUUCGGGACUAUAUAUCCAGUGCGGGCGCUGCCGCACACCUCGUACAGCUGCCACGACGUGCUCGAGAGGAAGAGCACCGACACGAGCCCGAGCCACAGUCAGAUGUCCCGCAACUCGUCCCGCAAGUCCAACAACUCGCUGCUUGUCAACAACGGCAAGUUGCAAGAAGAGAUAAGACAGAUCGUCAGGAAGCAGAGCACGAUAGACGUCCACUCGGUUAAAGUCAGCCUUAAGGACAUCGUUUGCUAUCUAUCACUGCUGGAGGCUGGCACGCCCGAGGACAAAUUGGAGUUUAUGUUCCGGCUGUACGACACCGACGGCAAUGGAGUCCUCGACACGAACGAGAUGGACUGCAUCGUCAACCAAAUGAUGAACGUGGCCGAGUACCUCGGCUGGGACGUGUCGGAACUAAAACCGAUCCUCCAGGACAUGAUGAUAGAAAUAGACUACGACGCGGACGGUACGGUGUCGCUGCAGGAGUGGAAGCGCGGUGGCCUGACGACCAUACCCCUCCUCGUGCUCCUCGGCCUCGACACCAACGUCCGCGAGGACGGCACCCAUCUGUGGAGGCUCAAGCACUUCAGCAAGCCCGCCUACUGCAACCUGUGCCUCAACAUGCUCGUCGGCCUCGGCAAGAAGGGCCUCUGCUGCGUUCUGUGUAAAUACACGGUGCACGAGCGGUGUGUACAACGAGCGCCGGCCUCGUGCAUAGCAACCUACGUUAAGAGCAAAAAGACGUCCCAGACGAUGGUUCAUCACUGGGUGGAGGGCAAUUGUCACGGCAAGUGCUCCAAGUGCAGGAAAACUAUCAAGAGCUACAACGGCAUAACUGGCCUGCACUGCAGAUGGUGUCAAUUGACGUUGCACAACAAGUGCGUGUCGCAAGUGAAGGCCGAGUGCACCCUUGGGGAGUACGCGACUCACAUACUGCCGCCCACGGCCAUCUGCCCCAUCGUACUCGAUCGGCAGCGAUCGUUAUCGCGCGACAGCAAACGGGGCAGCAAACACUGCCAGGAAUCCUCGAUGACUUGCUCGAGACUAUUUUCACAGGGGAGCUACCUGUCGGCGGGCUCGGGUUCCCAGCAGCAGCCGGCUAUGUCCUUCCAGAUAACACCACCGCCAAAUACCGUGCCCCUACUCGUGUUCAUCAAUCCAAAGUCUGGUGGCAGACAGGGCGAGCGUAUGCUCAGGAAGUUCCAGUUCAUCCUGAACCCCAGGCAGGUGCACAAUCUCGCCACGGGAGGGCCCAUGCAGGGCUUGCAGAUGUUCAAGGAUGUGGAGAAUUUUCGGGUGAUCUGUUGCGGGGGCGACGGCACCGUUGGCUGGGUGCUCGAGACCAUGGAUCGGGUUCAGUUCGAGCAUCAGCCCGCUGUCGCGGUCAUACCCCUCGGAACGGGGAACGAUCUGGCCCGGUGUUUGCGCUGGGGUGGCGGCUACGAGGGCGAAGCCAUCCACAAGCUCCUUAAGAAAAUCGAGAAGGCGACGCCCGUGAUGAUGGAUCGGUGGCAGAUAGACGUCGCCAACGAGGAGGAGGCGAAAAAGACGCAGCAAAACACCAUACCGUACAACAUAAUCAACAACUACUUCUCGAUAGGCGUCGACGCGGCGAUUUGCGUCAAGUUUCACCUCGAGCGCGAAAAGAAUCCGGAAAAAUUCAACAGCCGCAUGAAGAACAAGCUCUGGUACUUUGAGUAUGCGACGACCGAGACAUUCGCCGCCAGUUGCAAAAACCUCCACGAGGACAUCGAAAUAAUCUGCGAUGGAGUCCCGCUCGAUUUGGCCCACGGUCCGCCACUGCAGGGCGUGGCGUUGCUCAACAUUCCCUUCACCCACGGCGGCUCCAACCUGUGGGGCGAGCAUCACUCGAAGCACCGGCUGGGCAAGCGAAAAAAACGCCCCGACAAGGAGCUCAGCACCAGCAGCUUCAACUCGAUCGACCUCACCGCGGCUAUUCAAGACAUCGGCGACAACCUGAUCGAGGUGAUCGGUCUGGAGAACUGCCUGCACAUGGGCCAAGUGAAAACGGGACUGCGGGCCUCGGGCAAACGACUCGCCCAGUGCAGCAGCGUCCAAAUAACAACGACCAAGCGCUUCCCCAUGCAGAUCGACGGCGAGCCCUGGAUGCAAGAGCCCUGCACGAUAAACAUCACGCACAAGAAUCAGGUGCCAAUGCUGAUGGCCCCGCCGCCCGAGAAGCGCAAAGGGUUCUUCCGGUUCCUCAAGAGGUGAACUCUCUACUAGCCAAACUACUACCACUACUAUAUAGGUACAAUUACCUAUAUACGCGCAUACACACAGUGUACAUAGUAUAAGCCGUGGGAAGAAUCGAAUUGCUUCCCAAAAUGAUGUAUAUGUAUAGUUUCGCGAGCGCUCGGCUUUAUCGGAGAUGCAAAAAAAAAAAACGCAAAGCGAUUUCGUGUUUUAA